GUUUUCUUAACAGAGAUGUGAAUGUAUGACAUUUGAUUUGAAAUUUCAAGUUUAAAAUAUAAAUGUUCGUUUAAAAAAAGUGAUGUAAAUAAUAAAAAUCUAAAAUCAAACAACCGUGCAGCGGCAGCUCGCGAUGGACGCUGAGGAGGCACACUCGAUUGCCAGUUUUAAUUCACAAUCCCCUCCUUUGCUGUACAGUAGCUCGACAAGUUUCACCAUUCAACACAGCGUCAAUAUGCAUAAUAUAAUCGCAGACUUUCAGAUCCACCAAAGGAGGAAGCAAAACGCCUUGCCUCGGAAGAAAGUAUACAUUGAACGUGAGAAGCUGCGUCGCAUGGAAAUAUCAGCACCAAUGCCGAGCUCAUCGCACCAAGAGCCACGCUUACAUCAAACAAAUGAAAGGCAAGUCAAAACGAACAGCGGUUAUGAAAUGCGAAAAUCACCCAAACGGAAUGCCAAUAUUAUUCAGUUGCAUCCAAAACAAUUGGAUAGGGUGCAAAAACAAGAAGCCCCUUCAGCGGUAAGAUUCUUCGAAGAUUGUGUGCUGCCAGAACUGAAGGCACACUUACCUCAGCCCAAGUCAACUAUUGAUGGUGUACUCAACUUUGAGUUGCAGCCAAGUGUGUCCGGCAACGAAUGUACUUAUGCCAGUAUUUACGAAAUACCGCCCGCAGCCCAGACUUUUCAGCGCAGCGAUUGCUUGAGAAACCGCAGCGAAGACGGGUUGUUGAACGAAAUCAUGCAGGAGAGUAAUACGCGCAGCGUUUCGGUCACAGCGUCGGACAAAAGUAAAAUGAUGAAUGAGCAGACGCAGUCGGAGGAUAAUGAAGGCGUCGCGGGGAAAAUCACUCGAGUAAUGUAACUGUGAAAUGCAGCUAAAUACUUGCUGUGAAAUAUGCCUUUAAAAUUACCACACAGUGUGAAAGCAAAAUAUACGGACACACGAAUAUAUUAAAAAUUAAUAAAUACCCAACAUA